UAUUAUGAAUUGGCUGACCCCUCCCAGCACAGGGCAACACUAUUUAAAACAGAGACGUUCCCCCUCUGUCUCUCUUCUCACCCAGACAGAGCUGCAAACCUCUCUAUUCACUCUCCACAACAAAACAAUGGCAACGGCUGGAAAAGUGAUUAAGUGCCAUGCUGCUGUGGCUUGGAAACCCAACGCUCCUCUUGUGAUAGAGGAGAUUGAAGUGGCUCCUCCCCAGAAACACGAAAUACGAAUAAAGGUGAUAGCCACAGGUGUGUGUCACACUGACCUGUACCACCUGUUUGAGGGGAAGCAUGAGGAGGGCUUCCCCGCUGUGCUGGGCCAUGAGGGGGCAGGGAUCGUAGAGAGUGUGGGUCCUGGAGUCACUGACUUUAAACCAGGUGACACCGUGAUCCCUCUCUUCAUCUCUCAGUGUGGGGAAUGCAGAUUUUGCAAGCAUCCCAAAUCCAACAUGUGUGAACGAAGCUGGACAACUUUGAGUACUGGCAUCAUGGCAGAAAAAGACUCCCGCUUCACCUGCAGAGGAAAAGUGAUCUUCCAGUUCAUGGGGACUAGCACAUUCUCCGAGUACACAGUUCUUAAUCAAAUCUCCGUGGCAAAGAUCUGUGAUGACGCCAGGCUGGACAGAGUGUGUCUGCUGGGUUGUGGGGUUGCAACGGGGUAUGGGGCUGCCAUAAACACUGCCCAGGUUACCAGAGGAUCUGUGUGUGCAGUGUUUGGUCUGGGUGGAGUGGGCCUUGCUGCAGUGAUGGGCUGUAGGAAUGCUGGUGCCUCCAGAAUCAUUGGUGUGGAUAUCAACGAGGACAAGUUUGGAAAGGCCCGCGCACUUGGAGCCACUGAUUGUGUGAACCCAAAGAAGCACUCAAAACCCAUCAGUGAAGUCCUGUCUGAGAUGACAAAUGGAGGGGUGGACUUCUCCUUGGAGUGUGUGGGCAACGUGGCCGUUAUGCGCAGUGCACUGGAGUCGUGUGUGAGGGGCUGGGGCGUGAGUGUGAUGGUGGGUUGGACUGAUCUGGACGACUUCUCUGCUCGGCCCAUCCAGCUCAUCGCUGGGAAAACUUGGAAGGGCUCUCUUUUUGGAGGAUUCAAAGGCAAAGACGCUGUUCCAAAGCUUGUUCUUGACUACAAGUCUGGCAGGAUCAAUCUGGAUGAGUUUGUGACCCACACCAUGCCCUUGGACAAGGUCAAUGAUUCCAUUGAACUCAUGAAAACAGGAAAAUGCAUCCGCACAGUCCUGAACGUGUCCCCAAAAUAAAAGGUCAAAGGUGAAUGACCAGAUGGAGAUGACCCAGAUCCAGUGUCAACACUCAAGCGGCUAUCUUGCUCAAGUAUUAAGAGUUUACGUUAAGGUCUAGCCAAUUCAUCUCAUUUAUGGUGACUUUUAUUAAAUAUGUAAACUCGCUGUCAUACUGGCAAUAGCACAUUGUAUUUUAUAGAAAAUGCUACAUAAUAAAAGUAAAAAUACAAUUUACAGUUGCACACCGAAUAUACUAAUCUGGCAUUAUAUUAUAUAAGUAGUUAUACAUUAUAUAAGUAAUAUAUUAGUGCAAUAUAUAGUUAUGUUGUGGUGCAUAUGUUGCUGCAACUCAUCUUUUGUCUCUUUCAAAAAAUGUUCUAUUUCAAUUGCAGAUUACUUAUUAUCAAACUGUAUGCUGCUAGAACUGCCACAAUAGUGUUAACUUUAUAGUAGGCUAGGGUGCUUUAGCAGUUUUUUUCGUUACUAACAUUCACACGCUAACGUAUCAAAUGACUCCAGCGCCAGCUGAAUACAUUCUCAGCAACAUCUGUGUUAUGCAAUGCUGCAGAUUGGGAUUGUGCAACUUCUACCUCACCAUGUCAUGGGAGGGAACCGACUGUUCAAGAGUACUCAUACAUAUAUGGAAACAUAACACCAUAGUUUCAAACACUUGGUUGUACAAGUAGACAUUUUUCAUCCACAUUCCACCACAAGUCAGCAGACCCCAAAUGACUUGACACAUUUUCUCACAAAUAAGUAAAUGUGUUAAGUUAUUAAAAAAAAGGCAAUGCUUUGA